AUGCAUCCGGCCAGCCAGAACGCGGGGCUUGAUGCCGAGCCGGAUGCCGGAGGUGAGGGGCGGAAGCGGAAGCCCAACGCCGCCGAGGGAUACGACCCAUGCUGCUGGCCGAGAACCUGGAGUCGAGUCGAGGCUGCGAUAGCCGAGGGCCUGCAGGUUGUAUAUGUUCUUCACACCAAAAUUGUGGUUGGCCUAUCUUAUGCCGGUGUUUGGUGUUCUAGCUCAAGGUCGUUGAAGCCCGCAGCAGCUGAGCACUUGUAUCAAGCCACCAUUUAUACUCGCCUAUUAUUGAUCAUCAUCUGCCUGUCCGUCAUCCAGAUCCCCGCAUUCGCCUAG